GUGGAGAGCCCCAGAUGGUAAGGUGGUGGAGAUCUCCUACGUCGCCGACCACCUGGGCUUUCGCCUCGUGGACGACCCCGAGCCGACCGCGACCCAGUCAGGCGCCGCGCGAUCCCUGGGGGAGGAGGAGGACGACGACGAAGGUGCGCGCGAAGUAAGGACCGAAGAGGAGACAGAGGAAGAAGAAGAAGAGGAAGAGUCGGAGGGAAGAUCGGAGGGGACGGAGGAGGAGGAGAGCGAGUCCUCCGGGAAGGAGAGGUCCGAGGAACCCGAGGAGGGCGCUGAAGCGGAAGAGAAGUCAGCCGAACCCGAGGCCGAGGAGGCCGAGGCGGAGGGACAGGAGCCGAGGGCAGCCGAAGCCGGAGAAAAGUCCGCGGAAGCCGAGCAAGAGAAGGCGGACGCAGAGGCAGAAGAAAAUGCGGGUGCAGAAGGGGCAACCAAAAAGGCAUCGGAGGAGAGCGCCGACGCCGAAGGACAGGUCGAGGCAAAGAUCUCUUCCGGGGAAGCGGUCGCGGCAGAAGCCGAGACAGCUGAGGCAGGAGGAGAGUCCGCGGGCAAGCAGCUGAGCCCUGAGACGCCUGUCCUCGUCCCGGUGAAGGUCGAGUCUAACUUCGAUUCCGUGUCCCCCGCGACCGAAGCGCCGGUGAUUGCCACGGCGGAAAUGCUGCCGCCAGUGGCUCCCUUGGUAGCUCCAAUGACGGUCGAGUCUCCACUAGCACCUACUGCAGAAGUCUCCUUUGAUGCUGCUCAUAGUGAGCCUGUAAACCUGGUGCCUCAAGACCUUGUCUUCUUUGUAAUUCCUCCUGUCGAGCAAGUGGUCACACUGCCUGACGCGGGGAUGGUUGAUGUUUCCCAGCCAAUGCCUGUCGCAGCGCCUCCAUUUUUUUCUGAUUCUGAUUUUGUUGUCACGGAGCAAGGAUCAGCGGAACCGGUGCUGCUGCUGCCAGAAUUUCCUCUUCCUCUCGUGGCAUCUCCCGAGGGCACCAACGUGGUUCUUGAGAAGCCUGUCAUCGAAAACCUAGAAGUUUCAGCUCCUGUCAGAGUGCCUGAAAUCGACGCCGACAUUGCUGUGAUCGCCAAGUCGUCGGAUUCCGUCCAGGCAGCACCUCAGUUCAUCGCCACAGACCUAUCUGGGAGCUUUGAUCCAGUUGCAGACAUACCGGCAUCAUUGUCAGUGAUACCAGCCUCGGAUACUGCUUUCGUACCAGUGGAAAACAUCCCCAAAAUGAUUCGCUUUGAGGAAGUUGUGGAGGUGAGUCCUGAGGUGGCUUUAGCUCCUGAACUCCCCUCCCCCCUCCCGCUGAUUCAGCUUGACGACGUAGAUCCUUCCUUCGUUUCCAUUGAAAUCUCCCCGGCGCCUCUGCCGCAGCCGGACACGACCCCUUCUUCCCUGUUCAGCGCCGACGUCGAGGUCCGCCCCGAGCCCCAGAUCAUCGCGCCGAUCGUGCCUCCUCCGGCCCCGCUGUUCCAGGACGCCGCGGACGCUUCCUUUGCGCUUCCCCCCCAUCGCUUCGAGGCCCCGAAAUCCGGCCGGUCUAUGGACAGCGUCCCGGUCUUCGUUGAGACCUCGCAUGCUGAGCCCACCAACACCCUCUUUUUCGUUCCGGAGGCGCUGCAAGAGGAAACGAAAGGCCAGUCCUCGGACAUGAUAGAAAUCGUCGUUCCUGCAGAUAGUAUCAUGACUGUUGCAAAAUCCCUCAUCCAGCCUGCACCCAUGCCCGCCGAGCCUAUAGUCUACAGAGAAACAGAAAUGGAGACAGUUGAACCUCUUCUGGCACAGCUUGAGUUCGGACCCGCACCAUCUCCUACCGGGGCCGAAGCAAGUUCGCCUCAAGGCUCAGCCUCCUUUGCGAAUGCUAUUCCUUUAUCGCUUAAAGACGAGACCCUUUUCUCCGCCGUUGACGCCUCUCCGGUCACAUUCGACGCAAGUCCAGUCGAAAUCGCAUUUGUUGAAGUGCCUGCUGAGGUUUCCUUCACAGCCUUAUCCGAAGCAGUAGCCCAGCCCCUGACGGGAACGCAGCCUGGCGUGCAUUCAGUCUUUGAAGAGCCGAUUCUGCUCGAUGUCAGUGCAGCGGCUGACGUGCAGGGUCCGGAAGUCUCACCUCCUGCUAUUGCCAUUUUCGAAACGGACGCUGGGCUUGAACCAGUUUUUGAAGAAGUAAUAAUGGUAUCAGAAGAACCAGCCGCAGCGGGACCCAAUGCCCAUGUAACCAUCAUCACAGAGGACGUCCCUUCAGGCCCCUUAGACCAUGACGACGCAACGGUGCUCGUGUCGAAGAGCGUCCAGAGUCCUCCUCUCCUUCCGCCUCUGAUGAAGCCGUCGGUAAUACUGAAUUAAAUACCGGCUCAUGAGGUUAAUUUCAUGCAUAAUAUUUUAUAUGUAACUUUAUGUUAUAGGUCUAUAAAGAUAAAAAAAAGAGACCUUUGAUUGACAAGGUUGUUGCAAUGUAUAUAUAUUCACGAUUUCGUAGAAUCGAUUCUUACACUGAUGACUGUAUUGCAACUCCUUGUCAUCAUCGCCUUAUCUCAACAAAGACAAAAUAAAUGAAUAUAUAAAGAGAAGUAACAAUUGUGCAAGUAAUUUAUAUAUGUCUGCUCUAUAUACAUGCAAAUACACAUACACCUGUCUCGUGCACAUGAAGGCACAGGCAAUCACGCAAGGACAUAAGCUCACGGGAAAUAUAAUAAGCAGAUAAAUACAAAGAAAAAAAAACGGUACGUGUCCACACUCAAACACACAUACAUACAUGCACACAAACACACCCAAAAACACACACAGACAGACACAAACACAUUUUUUAUACGCACAAGCACAGGUGCUUCUAGAUACUGUGCAUAUAUAGCUGUCCUAGAUGUUCUGCAAAAAGGAAAUUCUAUAAACGAGAGCUUAGGUGAACCUACAAUUAUAUGUAUCCUAAAAAAUGAAAAGGAAGAAGUAUGAUGCUUCUGUACAAUUAGCAGUAUGUGAUACAGGCUUUGCCAUGCGUCCCUAUCAUGUGUUAUGCGAGCUCAUCAUUAAAGCACUUUUAAUUAG